UUACUCCCUGAAACCCGCGAGUUGUAACAGAGACACAGGCGUGUAUGGCAGGCUGCUCCCCCCUCUGACAAACCAGUAAGAGUCGCUGGAGAUCUGCGACGCCAGAAGCUAUUUUAGCGGGCUGGUCGGCUGUGUGAUAGAUUUGGUGCGAACUUUAUGUCUAAGGUCCGGUUGCUCUAGUGUAGGAUAAUCUUACACCAUGGACCCCCCAAAGAAGAUUUGCAUUGUUGGCUCUGGGAACUGGGGUUCUGCUAUUGCCAAGAUUAUAGGGGUCAAUGCAGCAGUGAAUCCCAAGUUUAACACCACCGUCAAUAUGUGGGUGUUUGAGGAAAUGGUCAAUGGGCGAAAGUUAAGCGAUAUCAUAAACACGCAUCAUGAGAAUGUCAAGUACCUUCCUGGAUGCAAGCUUCCCGCUAAUGUGCUGGCAGUACCAGACCUUCUGGAGGCUGCAUCUGACAGUGAUGUUUUGGUGUUUGUGGUUCCACAUCAGUUCAUUAUAAAAGUAUGUGAUACCAUCAAAGGCAAAGUCAAAAAGGAGGCCCUCGGGGUGUCUCUUAUUAAGGGAGUGGAUACGAGUACAGACGGACUGAAGCUGAUCUCUGGGAUCAUCCGUGAGAAACUUGGAAUUGCCGUGGCAGUGUUAAUGGGCGCCAACAUUGCCAAUGAAGUGGCAGAAGAGAACUUCUGUGAGACCACCAUCGGCUGCAGGAACCAGGAACACGGUGCUCUUCUGAAGGAGCUAAUGCAAAACCAAAACUUCCGCAUUACGGUGGUCAGUGAGUGUGACGUGGUAGAAAUCUGUGGAGCUCUGAAGAACGUGGUGGCUGUAGGUGCAGGCUUCAGUGACGGCCUGGGCUUUGGAGACAACACCAAAGCAGCAGUGAUCCGGCUGGGCCUCAUGGAGAUGAUAGCCUUCGCCCGCAUUUUUUGCACAGCCGGACCAGUUUCCCCGGCCACCUUUCUUGAGAGCUGUGGGGUGGCUGACCUUAUCACGACCUGCUAUGGUGGCAGGAACCACCGGGUGGCCAAAGCCUUUGUCACAGCUGGGAAGUCUAUUGAGGAGCUGGAAAAGGAGAUGUUGAAUGGACAGAAACUCCAGGGACCAGUAACAGCAGCUGAGAUCCACCACAUUCUUCAGCACAAAAACUUGCUGGAUAAAUUUCCCUUGUUCACUGCUGUCUACCGGAUCUGCUACCAGGGACAGUCAAUAAAACACUUCAUCAGCUGCCUACAGAACCACCCAGAGCACAUGUGAUGCUGAAAUAUAAAGAUUUAAUAAAUUAAUUUUUAUAUUUUUCCACAUUAGAAUUGAGUAGAGAUGAUCAGUAUCCACUUACAGUGCCUAUAAAAAGUAUUCACCCCCUUGGAUGAUUUACCAUUUCAUUGCUUUUAUAAAUCAAUCAUGAUCAUCAUAAUUUGGCUUUGACAAAAAAAAAAAAAAACUUGUAGAUGGAAUCAAAUUGUCCUCCAGGAUUUCCCUGUUUUUUCCUGCAUUCAUUUUACCUUCUACCUUUCCAAGCCUUCCAGGGCCUGCUGCUGAGCAGCAUCCCCACAGCACGAUGCUGCCACCACCGUGAUUCACGGUGGGGAUGGUGUGUUUGUGGUGAUGUGCAGUGUUUGAUGUCCACCAAACAUAGCAUCUUGUCUGAUGGCCAAAAAGCUCCAUUUUGGUAUCAUCAGAACACAGAACUUUCUUCCACUUGACCAAUGGAGUCUCUAACCUGCCUUCUGGCAAACACUUGUUGAUAUUUAAUAUGAGUUUUCUCCAAAAGUGGCUUUCUCAUUGCCACUCUCCCAUAAAGCUUUGACUGGUGAAGAACCCGGGCAACAGUUGCUGUAUGCAGAGUCUCUCCCAUCUCAGCUGCUGAAGCUUGUAACUCCUUCUGAAUAGCCAUAGGUGUCCUGGUGGCCUCUCUCACUAAUUUCCUUCUUGCACGGUCACUCAGUUUGUGAGGAUGGCCUGAUCUAGGCAGAUUUACACAUGUGCCAUAUUCCUUCCAUUUUUUGAUGAUGGAUUCAACUGAACUCCAGGGGAUGUUCAGUACCUUAGAAAUUUUUUUGUAUCCAUCCCCUGACUUAUACUUUUCAAUAACCUUUUCUCUGAUUUGCUUGGAGUGUUCUUUUGUCUACAUGCUGUAAUGGUAGCCAGGAAUACUGCUUAACCAGUGAAUUGACCUUCCAGACACAGGUGUCUUUAUACUACAAUCGUUUGAGACACAGUCACUGCAUUCAGGUGAUCUCCAUUCCACUAAUUGUGAGACUACUAGCCCCAAUUGGAUGGACCGCUGUUGAAUUAGGUCAGUCACUUUAAACGGGGUGAAUAUUUAUGCAAUCACUUAUUUUAUGUUACAUAUAUUUAUUUAAUUGUCACUAUUUUGUAGAAAUCAGUUUUCACUUUGACAUUAACAGGGUUUUUUGUAUUUUUUUUUGUCAAAAAAUCCAAAUUAUGUUGUUAUAAAAGCAAUAAAAGGGUAAAACAUCCAAGGGGGUGAAUACUUUUUAUAGGCACUGUACAGUAUAUCUCUGAAUUGUGAUGGAAGUGUCUUUCUGACUCCGGUUCAAAACUUUAUAAAACAUAUAUUGCUAAA